AAUCCCCUGCAACUUGCAGCAUAGCGAGCGUGCCAUGACAGAGUCAUUGGGCAAAGGCCAAUCCGAUGCUGAAGAAGGGAAUUUAACGCUGGAGAUGCUGUGGAGCGAGCGACUGACUUCUGUUCACAAACAAUUGGAGCAGAUCCUGUCAGAUUUGCACAGGCAACUCUGUGCAGAUCAUCACUUGGCAAUCCAGUCCUUGAAGGACGGCAUGGAACAGGCAACCUUUCGAAAGGCAGAAGGUGCCAGCAAACUGAAGAGGCCUCGCAGCAUCGGCCGGAGUCCCUCACUGUGGACCACGGGGCUAAGCAGUGAUAGCCUCUACCAGCUGCAGAAGGAAGAGUCACAGUCGGUGGCGAUGUUUGAUCGUACCAUGAGUGGUGUGAGCACCUUCCCAAAGCCAAUCCAGAUUGGAUCCAACCUGAUCCAGCCCUGGCCGCUAUGGAAGGAGUCCCAGGGAGCGGACGUGGUGCGGAACCUGGCGCAUGAGAAAUCAAAGGCAGUUGCGAUGGUGGACUCGGGCGCUCAACAGUUGUGGGCAGGAAGCUCUGCCGUUUUUUCGUCUGCACCGGUGCCAACUUCAUGCACCAUCAGGCCCUCUAGCCUUCAGUUUCUCUUUUGGAACCUCAUCUUUCUGGUGGUCCUCUUCUAUGAUUGCGUGAGCUUUCCUUUGUCGGCCUUCAGAAUAGAGCAUUUGUUCGUCAAGCCCAACUUGAUUGCAGCGAGCUUUUGGACAUUGGACUUCGUCUUGUCCUUCUUCGUUGGGUACGACACUACUGAUGGAGUGGUCGAGACGCGGCUGCCAAAGACUGCAGCCCGCUAUGCUCGGACCUGGAUGCUUCCUGACUUGAUUGUCAUUGUGGUGGACUGGGUGAUGCUCUAUCUUGCCCUUGCUGAGAACGACAGUGCCGCCAGCCCUGCAGGUUUUGCGCGAAUUGGAAAGUCCGUGCGCUACAUGAGGAUCAUGCGAGUCAUGCGCCUCUUGCGGCUGCGAAAGAUUCAAGAGGCUUUGCACCAAGCAGAUGAGUUUGUCAACAUUCAAUACUUCAGCAUCAUCCAGAAACUGCUACUGAACAUGGUGUGGAUACUUCUCCUGUCGCACUUCAUUGGAUGUGGAUGGUAUGCCAUUGGCAUGGAGGAUUUUUCUCCUGAGGAGAGUUGGAUUUCGGUGGACAAUUUACUUGAUCGCAGCUUGGAGUACAGGUACCUGACCGCUCUUCACUGGUCGAUUACACAGUUCACACCUGGAUCCAUGAACGUCCAGCCAGUGAACAGCGUAGAGCGACUCUACAGCGUGGUUGUCUUGGUCCUGGGCAUGGUGGUCUUCUCCUCAACGGUCAGUUCAAUCACUGCAGCCACCAACAAUCUCAAGGACAUCAAUGCGGUGUACAAGCACCAGAUUUGGACUCUGCGGCGAUACUUCCGAGAACAGAAGAUCUCAGCCCAGUUGACCCACAGGGUCCUGAGAUAUACUGAAAGCAUGAUCAAGCCAAAGUACCAGAAGGUCAAUGUUGAUCAGGUGAAAAUCCUGGCGAUGCUGCCGCAGAUGUUGACCAAGGAGGUGAACCUUGAGAUCUACCAGAAGCAUUUGGUUGUGCACCCCUUGUUUGAUGCUUUGAGUGAUAUCAACAUCACCAUGAUGCAGAAAUUGUGCUCAUGCGCUUUGAAGGAUGCAGUGUUGGAGAAGGGCGAGAUGAUGUUCAGCCCUGGCCAGGUUUGCAACAGCAUGUCAUUUGUUUGUCAGGGCACCUUGGACUACUGGAUGUGGCAGGAAUCACAUCCGGAAAAGCUGGAGCGCCGGACCUUCUUCUGUGAGGCUGUGCUUUGGACACCCUGGAUCCACCAGGGAAGGAUGUACGCUCGAACAGAAUCAACCAUCAUAGCACUGGAUGCUCAUGAGUUCCACGAAGUGGCUCAGUCCUUCAGCGCGCACAUGGAAUUGUUAAGGUCCUAUGCAGAAGAGUUUGUUCGUGCCAUGAAUGAGCUGGCCGGCAACUUCACAGAAGACGAGGAUGACGACACGGAGCUCUCCGAUCUCUUCUUUGCCAUGCAGGCCAUUGAAAUGCUUCCUGGAAAUCGAAGCUUCGAGGAGGGCACUUCACGACCACACCACUUCAAGAAGCCUCCACGUAAACUGAGAACUCCACCUGAGAGUCCACUCGGCGGGGUUGCAACAAAAGCCUUCAGUGAAGAAGAUCUGGAUGAUGAGAUCGUGAAUGGCUUUGCCUGAGGUAGCUCAACCAUGUUCAGCCACCUUCAACCCAAUGUCAAUGUACAGUGUACAGAUCGGAUGAGAUUCCAAGGCUGGCAGCCUCCAUUUAAAUUUGGAAAUUGAUACUCCUCCUUGUGGCAAAUUCCAUCAAAUCUUGUUUGGGAUUUGACAAUGAACUAGCA